AAAUGCUAGCAAUUGUAAAAUUUGCCAUGUCAGUUUUGACGCCCCAGGCGUUGUAAAGUGUCGCGAUCACUCGCACGAAUAUUCGCCAGAGGGAGAGUCUAACUAUCGCGGCGCACUUUGCAGUCUAUGUAAUAUCAAGUACCGUCACCCCGGCCAUAUGACGGUUGUUUAUCACAACGGGUCCAAGUACGAUUUCAAAUACGUUGUUCAAGGGCUCCAGGGGCUUCCGUACCGUGUUGAAAUCGUACCGGCGAGCGAGGAAAAUUUCAUAAGCAUCAAAGUAUACAUAUCGCAACGGUUUCAUAUUCGAUUCAUCGAUUCCUAUCGAUUCCUCCCGUCGUCUUUGGACAAACUCGUCUCGACGCUGGAUGAGUCGGCCUUCACAUACACGCGGCGGUUCUGCUCCACUCCGGCGCAGUACCGUAUCGCUCGACGAAAACCGGUAUUUUGCUACGAUUUCGUCGACAGUCCUGAGAAGCUGGAGCUCACCGAGCCCCCGGCCCCGGAACAUUUUUACAAUUCUCUCACCGACUCGGCGGUGACGCCUGAGGACUAUGCAAACUUUCUCGAGGCCUGGAAAGAGUUCGGGUGCCGAACGCUCGGCGAAUAUUAUGAUUUUUACCUUUGUUGCGAUGUGAAUUUGCUCGCCGAUUUGUGCCUCGAUUUUAGAGCUCUGUGUCUCAAGGUUUACGGCCUCGAUUGUUUCAAUUACAUGACGUUGCCGAGUUUCGGAUUCUCGGCAGCGCUCAAAACCACGCAGGCUCGUAUCAAGCUGUUUAAAGACUACGAAAUGACCUUGAUGACAAUGUCAGGCAUACGAGGCGGUAUCGUUCAAGUGGGUAAGCGCUACAUGAAGCCCAAUAAUCCGCUUUGCGAUGACUACGAUCCCGCGGCUCCUCAUUCCUGGGGUCUGUACUUGGACAUAAAUUCUUUGUACGCGCACACGAUGACUCUGAGUUUGCCGUACGAUGAUUACAGGUGGCUCACCGCGGACGAGUUGACGCGGCUCGACGUCUCCGCGGUGCCCGAUGACGCUCCGUCCGGCUACGUGCUCGAUGUAUCGAUUGCCUAUCCCGAGCACUUGCACGAGCUUCAUCAAGGGCUCCCGUUUUUGUGUAACAACGAAAUACCUCCUCUGCCGAGCGCGAAACAACCCCGGCUCUUGGCCUCCUUCCGUGACCGUGAAAGUUACGUCAUUCACUACGUCACGUUGAAACAAGCCUUGCGUCACGGGCUCCGGCUGGUGAAAAUCAACCGGGCUUUCAGUUUCAGUCAAAAACCUUUUUUGAAGCCUUUCAUAGAGAAGAAUAUCAAAUUGAGGCAGACUCUAACGUCAAAAUUUCACCAGGGGGUCGCGAAACUGCUCAGCAACAGCUGUUUCGGUAAAUUUUUACAGAACCCCUUGAAACAGCGUAACAUUAAAUUGGCGGUGAAUUCCGAGCAAAUUCUGAAACUGGUCGCCCGCGUUGAUUUCCUCGAUCGCACUCUCUUUGACGAGGAACUGGCCGCAGUGCACUUGCGCAAAACCGAGAUAGUUUUUGACAGUGCGAUCUUGGUGGGUUUCGCCGUCCUGGAGCUGUCCAAGGUGCACAUGUACCGGUUUUACUACGAUGUGAUGAUACAAAGAUACGGUCCUACGAGGUGUUUAAAUUGUUACCUAGACACAGAUGGAUUGAUACUGGAGGUAUUCACGGAAAAUUGGUGGGAAGACCUGAAGGAAAUGUCGGACGAGUGGUUCGAUUGCAGCGAUCUUCCUCCGGAGCACCCCUGUUUCUCGCUAAAAAAUCGAAAGCGAAUGGGUAUGAUGAAGGAUGAAACGUGCGGUAAGACCGUGAUCGAAUUCGUGGGAUUGAUGAGUAAAAUGUACGCCUAUAGAUUGGGAGGGGGUGGGGAGGGUAUGCGGGCGAAAGGUGUACCCACCCGCGUUUUACACGCCACCGCCAACUUUGAGCUCUACAAAAAUGUUUUAUUCAAUAAAGAAAAAACCCACAUUACCGAAAGGCGUAUUCAAAGUAAGCACAUGCGACUUUAUUCGCGUGAAAGUAAAAAGGUAGGUCUCUCCUCUGAGGAUCAAAAGCGUUACAUUCUCCCCGACGGUGUGCACACACUUCCGUGGGGUCAUCGCGACAUUGUAGAGCCUCAAAUUUGGCGGGAGACGAAUAAAAUCGCGGCGUUGCGACGUCACUUUUUACCCGGUAAUACCUCGAAUCCCGAACCGUGCUCCGAUCAUGGGAUCAGAUAUUGUUUUUGCUCCGGUGAGAAUGCCAUGCUGGAGAAGUCUGUGACGGAACUGCUCGACGGUAUUCCCCCGCGCCCAGCCUUUAUCCACCCGAGCUGGCUCGAAAAAAACGGAGCCUAUCCGCUCGAUUCGUUGGAGGAGUCUUUUGGUAAAUUCGGUCGCUGUAUCGUGGCUUGUAUAAGACUCACAGGUGAGCCGUACAGGCUUCGUUUGCCCAAGGAUUUCGAUAGAGCCCUCACGCGUGAAAACAUUAGGGAAAUUAACGCGGGUCAAUACUUUCUAAAUUAUCUAGGGCCAUUCUCCCAAAGAUCCCAUAAAUAUAGUUUAAGCAUACGAGAGACCUGUCUCCCAGCACCGGGCCCGAUGCCCGCCUCCCCUUCCCCUCCUCCUCCUCCUCCUCCUCCUCAAUCGCCUGAGCGAGACGGGGCCGAAGCUGCUGCGCCGGCGGAGGAGCAGGCGGGGGAGGAGGCGGGGAGAGGAAGGAAAAGACAGGUUUCUGUCUCCGUCAAUGAGUCUGGUGCGAUGUCUACAAGCACCGCGCCCGCCUCCGCAGGUAGCCCUAGACCCAUCCGAGAAGAUGCCGAUCUAAAACGCUUCCGAAAAUUUUGUGAGAGACAAUUGCCUUGCAGCUCGCGCGGUCGCCGCUAAUGUCCUAUCUCGGCGAGGAUCUCGAUUUGUAAAUAUAGAUAUGUUAAUUCUCAGCUCGAGUCCUGAAAAUAUUACAAUGUUGCCAAGAUUGUGCAACUUCUUUUGGAAAAACCCGGUUAUCCAUUAAUAGUUCCUAUUUUACUCGCUAAAAAAAUGUAAAUUUAAGCCAAAAAUUAGCAUCUAAAUUUCUUAGUUUUUCACGAUUUCCUCUAAUAAAAUGUAAAUACGAUUCACUAAUCAAUGUAAAUACGGUUCACUAAUCAAUGUAAAUAUGGUUCACUAAUCAAUGUAAAUAUGAUUCACUAAUCAAUGGAGGGAGCACACACACUCUCAAUUUUCAGGUCUACGAUGAUGAUGAUGAUGGUGUUUUCCAAGAAUACCUCGCCCCACACGCUCUAGUUUUUUCUAAUUUUCUAGUGGACUCCUUCAACGACGCCCAAGAAGAGAGAAUAUUGCCGAAGGAUCUUACCGUGGGUGGAAGAUACCCCCUCAUCUCGCUUGCCAACUUCAAGGGAGAUUACGGGCUGGGGCUCUACGCUUGGAUUCGAGUCGAGGGGAAAGAGCGCAUGCUCAUACUCCCCUCGAUUUUUGCCAAAAAAGUAAGCGAGGAGGAUAUCGCGAGCAUCAACCAAGGCUCGGGGUAUGUCCUCGUUUACAAAGGACCGGCAGGACGGACCCAUUUGUACAAAAUGGAGAAGAGUCAUUAUUGCAAUCCAUUUAGCCCCUCCACGUCAAAUCAGCGUAAUGGAGAAGAGUGAGGUCUCACACCACCCAUCUUAAACAGUAACAACAGCACCCUCUCCACCGGCACCAAUAGCAACAACAACAACAACAAUAAUGCAGCUCCAACAUAUUUGCCCCAUCAUUCAGUCCCAUUUUUAUGUAUGGGCCUCCAAUCCAGCUGCACUACCUAUCUUGAUCAACAUCAUGGGACCGGGGAGUAUGCAGGAAAAUACUGUCACCCGACUUGGAGAGGUUAUAUCCACCUGGAUAUCAUCAAGGCAGCAGCAGAUAACCGUUGAAAAUGUUCCAGGUGGAUAUAACCUGUCCAAGGAGGCUGGGUCUUUAUUCAUGCUCCAAUACUGGCCAAUAGAGGGGGAGAGUUCCCUAUCCCUGGUAUUGAUGGGAGCGUGAAACAAUACCGGGGAUAGGUUUCUCUCCCUGUCUCCUUCAUCUAUAUGUAUAUAUUAUUCAUGUUUUAUAUAUAUAAAAAAAACAAAUAAAGGAGACGAAGAGGAAA